UCACUUCAUCACAGCAGCAGCAGCAACCGGUGCCGAGGCAGCGGCGGGCGGGUGUGGAGCGUGUUAAAAAUGGCUCGUUGCGGAAAUAUAUAACGGGACCGGGGGGACUAAAUUAUCUGAGGAGGGGAGGAGGUCAUAAAACACGGCAAAAAGGGAAAAGAAGGGGGAGUGAAGACCCUCGGUUAUAAGUAAAGUCAGUGCCACACGUUUCAGUGUUGAUGUAUUUGGCCACGAAUACCUGCCGAAAAUAGUCCCGUCGUCCUUUAUUGGAGUUCCUCUAUCCUGUGUGCCCCCCCUGACACAGAGAGGAUGGUGAUGGAGGAGGGGGGCCAGGGAAACAGAGGGCGGGGGCCGAGAGCAGAGGGGAGGCAGAUCUUUGUUGAACUUGGGGAGCAGAACUUGGAUGCUAUUUGUCUUUCUACAUAUCGAACUGCCUGCAAGCUCAGAUUCAUACAGAAGAGAUGCAACUUGCAUCUCAUUGACAUAUACAAUGUGAUCGAAGCGGUGCGGGAUGCCGGUCUAAAUGCAGUAGAGCUAAACGCCGGCAUCUCUGUAACCAGACUGGAAAACCUGGUGUCCUCCCUGUUCAACCAGCUCAGCAAACGCCUGCCCACCACACACACCAUCAACCCACAAGAGAGCUCCGUCCUCCUGGUCGAUUUCAUACUGGCUGCCGUCGACUGUGAGCCAGAAAGCCGUCUGACCGUUCUGUCUGUGAAGGCGAUGCUGGCCACACUGUGUGGAGGGAAACUGGUGGAUAAACUUCGAUAUGUGUUUUCUCAGGUAUCUGACUCCAAUGGUGUGUUGGUACUGUCCAAGUUUGACAAUUUUCUGAAGGAGGUUCUCAAGCUGCCCACUGCUGUACAUGAAGGACCAUCCUUUGGCUACACACACACCAUAGCACGCUCCUGUUUCCCACAACAGAAGAGGGUGAUGCUGAACAUGUUCCUGGACAUCAUAGCUGAUACUCCUCAGUGUCUUGUCUGGCUGCCUCUCAUGCACCGCCUGGCCAAUGUGGAGCAUGUCUAUCACCCUGUGUCAUGCUCCUACUGCCGUGGCAACGGGAUGACUGGCUUCCGCUAUCGCUGCCUCCGCUGCCGUGGUUACCAGCUCUGCCAGAACUGCUUCUGGCGUGGUAAUGCCAGCGGCUCUCAUAGCAACCAGCACCAGAUGAAGGAGCACUCAUCCUGGAAGUCGUCAGCAUCAAAGCUCGGCCGAGCCCUGAGCAGGACUCUGGGCUGUGUGUCAUCGAGAGAGGCUCCCCACCCAAUUUACCCUGAAGAGCCUGAGAGGACCCUUAACCUCGCCGACAUAGUCCCCUGCAGACCAUUUGGGAACACCAGCGAGGCCAUGUUGCUGUCUUCAUCAGUGCCCGAGUCCUCCAAGAGUUUGGCAGCAGCUCAGCGAAUGAACGAGGAGCACGCUCUGAUUGCAGCGUAUGUGAAUCGCCUGCAGAGCAGCCCACGUGCUGUGGACAGUCCCAGCAGGCAGGAUGAGGAGCACAAGCUGAUCGCUCGCUACACCUCCCGACUGGCAGAGACCGAGGGCGCAGGAAUGAUCCCAACACGGAGCAUCAACUUUGAUGCAAACAAACAGAAGAGGGAACUAAUUGCUCAGCUGGAGUGCAAAAACAGAGAGAUCUUGGCAGAGAUCAAACGUCUUCGUGCGGAGCAUGACGCAGCAUGCCAGCACAGCCCAGAGAAGGGCAGCACCAACCCAACUCUGCUGGCCGAGCUUCGCCUCCUCAGACAGAGGAAAGAUGAACUGGAGCAGAGGAUGUCGUCUCUGCAAGAGAGCAGGAGGGAGCUGAUGGUGCAGCUGGAGGGACUAAUGAAGCUGCUCAAGGAUGAAGAACAGCGACAGGCAGCGCAGGCUGCUGGCUCUUCUCACGCUUCUCCUUCUCGACCGAGUCCGUCCACCACCCGCUCUGUAGGUGCCGUAUCUCCUCAUGCUCACAUGUACCCUCCUCAAGACUCUCUGGCUGGUGUAGGGGGUGAUGUGCAAGAGGCCUUUGCUCAUGGCCCGAGAAGAAAUCUGAGGAAUGACCUUCUGGUAGCAGCUGACUCCAUCACAAACACCGUCUCCUCACUGGUCAAAGAGCUCCACUCUGAUGAAGGACGGGAGGAUGAGGAGAGACUGCUGAAUGGAAAGGACAGAGCAGGUUAACAGCUGGCAGGACAUCAAAAACAAGUGGUGAUUCAUCACGGCCAAAGACGACUGACCCUACCGGGACUGAAGUGUAUCUUCUCAUAUUCGUUGUUAAUCAUUGGGGGAUUAGAGCUCCUCUGCCAAUCAACCAAUCACGAUGCUGGACACCAAAUGACCGCUGCGUCCCUACUGAUGUAUAGCUGUGAUUCUUUGUGUGUGUCUUGUCCCUGUGGUUUUUUUGUUGUGAUGUGAUCAUGCCAAGCUAAGCGAGGAAUUGGAAACCUACUGAUAUGUACUGUAGCAUGUGUGUGUUCUCAGCAUUGUUGAGGUGCAAGAGGGUCAUGUAAGUGAGAAGAUGUGUUUGUGAAGGAUAAACAUGCAGGAAAGUCUGAGGAUCUGGAUGGAGAUCUUGUAUGUUACCAUGUAGAAGAGAAAGAUCAGAGGAAAAACAAAAGAAAGUCAAAAGGUAAAAAGCAUUUUCAAGUUUUGGCACUGUGUGCUUACUAUUUAUUGCUUGGAUGUUUUUUUUUUUUUUUUUUGCCAUGUACUCAUUUGGUUUUGAGUGUUUUUGUGUAUAUGAGUAUGGUAUGUGGUCAGAUCCUGCUGAGACGUUAAGCUUUACCGGGGUGUUCCCAAGCUGUCCCGUCUGGCUGAGGCGAUACAGAGUGGAGACUUUGGGGUUUUUUGUCCUGAUAUCUGAAACCAUAGUCUGCGUAUACAGGUGGAUGACACGUUGCCACUCCCUAUAAAAGUGGAGCAAAAAUAGUGCUGAAAUGGGUGCUGCUUCUACAAAUAUAUGAGCAUGAAACCUAACCUGGUUCUGCUGGAGCUCGCUACCUGUCAGGACCUUUUUUUCUCCCCAGUAUCACCGCUUACACAAAAGAAAUAAUUAGCUUUCUCUCUAUGUCAAGCACCUUGAGAUGUCUUUUUUCGCACCAUAUUUUUGCUGAACAUCUAGGGAGCUGUCAUGUCGUCCACUUUAUAAAAUCUAUCUGAAACCAGGAUGAAAAGAGAGCCGUGGGUGCUGGUAUGGCAGCUCAAGUUGUUCUGACUUCUGUGUAUCUCGGUACUGCAGUCAAAAAGGAUAUAUCUGAUUACUGUGAUGUGUGUGUGUGUGUGGUGUUUGGUAUCUACAGGGUCGGUUUUCCAAAAGAGGAGCAAAGUCUAAAAUAUUUACCUUGAACAGCUGAAGAAUUAAGAGGUCACUUCACCUGAACAAAUACUCUCCUGGACUUGAUGCCUGGACUUGAUGGGAGCUGUGGGUAUACCUGGAUACUGACAUUCACCUCACACACCACGAAAAAAUGAACAUCUUUGUGUUUUUUUCUUUUUUUUUCUCUCUUUAAAAAAACGAACAAACAAAAGAAAAAGACAAACACCCAUUUCAGACCUCGAUCUGUUUAUUAUGACAGCUUAAUUUGAGGAUGUCACAAGGAAAAGAGACCAUACAGGUAACUUUUUAUCCAAGAAAUAGCCCUAAAAUAUCAAUUUAGUGUGAGUGUUUUCAGUUAUUGGGUGAGGUGAGUUGCAUGAACAGUUUUUUUUUUUUUUUUUUACCAAAGUAUAAACACAUCAGUCUCAGCAGCUGUUGCAGUGAUUAAAAGGUUAAAAUGCUAAACAAGGAGCAAAACAAAAUUCUGCUAUUAUUAAAUUUAUCCAAAGUUACUUGGCAUUAAUCUUGAAAUCUGUUUUUCUAUAUUUGAUCUUUUUUAAAAUAACUAAACCUCUCAAAUCGACAACUUGACAGGAAUCUAAUCAACAUCUUCAAGUGUCCAAAACCUGCACAGCCAAACCAGUUUCUCACUCUUUGCAGCUGUUCAAGCUUUCUGUAAAUUGCAGGGAAUCAUGGGAGUUGAAGUUUUGUUUUUAACUACGCUCUGCAACCCCCAAAAAAUCGACAUGAAAAUCCAGCAUGACCCAAAGUUGUUUGUUCUUUCACGGUAUUUAUCAGAAAAUGUGUUUUAACUCUUUUCUGCUUUUCAGGUCUUAGUUUAGAAGCUGCUUUGUCCUGUUUUAUUUAUGCAUCGUUUACCUUCCGUUUUCAGCCACUGUGUUCCUGACUGGCUGCUUGCGACUUGGAUUCUCACAUUUCUGUUCUUUAGGGAAUGACUGACUGUGUGAGUGAUUUAAUAAAUGAAUGAGCUCAUGCGUGAGACAAAAUCGAGUCUGACUUAACAGGCUUGUCCUGACAUGAAACUGUAAACACCUCCAGCUCUGAACCUGCUGGAGCUGAUGAUGUGACUGAAACUGUGUGGAUCUGUUUUAUCUGCAAUAAAUAUUUAACAUCGAACUCUGAGUUUUAUCUGUGGCUGUUGUUUUGGAAUAAAGUCUGCACAGUAACAUAUAAACAUGAGUUUGUGA